AAUAUAAAAUAUAUAUAUAUAUAUAAAUCAGCUUGGCAGCAAGAUUCAACUAAAGACAUUGCAACUCUUAAAAGUUCUGCAUUUCUGCUCUAACUAAAGGUCUCAUCUGGUACAAACCCAGUGAUGAAUUCUCUGGAUAUCUGGGACAGCAUGCCUUUGGCCCUGACAGAUUCUGGGGCAUCAUCUGACCUAUCAGACCUCAAUAUGAAUUUCAGCCACCUGAACGUCUCCAUCAGCAACACCACAAACAUGACCGGGAACACCUACUACCCAUAUUACCAGCACUCUCUGCCUGUGGCAACCAGCCUGACCUUGGCUUACCUCUUCAUCUUCCUGCUCUGCAUGGUGGGGAACGGCCUGGUGUGUCUCAUCGUGCUGGAGAACCGGCGCAUGAGAACAGUCACCAACCUGUUUAUCUUUAACCUGGCCGUGAGCGACUUGUUGGUGGGGGUUUUCUGCAUACCGACUACACUGGUGGAUAAUCUGAUCACAGGUUGGCCUUUCUCCAACAUGGUGUGUAAGAUGAGUGGCUUGGUGCAGGGAAUGUCCGUCGCCGCCUCCGUCUUCACUCUAGUGGCCAUCGCCGUAGACAGGUUUCGCUGCAUCGUCUACCCCUUUCAGCCCAAACUGACUUUGCUGGUUGCCAAGUUGACCAUAGCGAUGAUUUGGGUGCUGGCAUUGGUGAUUAUGUGCCCUUCAGCAGCAACCCUGACUGUGGAACAUGUCAAGCAUCACUUCAUGGUACACAACCUGGACUACAACCAUACAUACCCACUCUUGUCCUGUUUUGAGAACUGGGCCGACCCUCACAUGAGGAAAGUCUACACCACGGUACUGUUCGCUCACAUCUACCUGAUCCCACUGACGAUCAUCACGCUCAUGUACGGCCGCAUCGGCAUCAAGCUCUACACCACAUCUGUCAUCUCCGUGAAUGAGCAGCAGGAAAGUAGUGGUGGUCAGACAACUGCCAGGCCUCUUAUCUCACACAAAAAGAUUAAGGUGAUCAAAAUGUUGAUCAUGGUGGCCCUUCUUUUUACGCUCUCCUGGCUCCCCUUAUGGAUCCUAAUGCUCCUGACGGACUAUGGAGGUCUGGAACAGGAGGAACUUGAACUUCUUUCCGGAUACGUGUUCCCGUUCGCACACUGGCUGGCGUUCUCAAACUCCAGCGUCAACCCGAUCAUCUACGGCUACUACAACGAAAACUUCAAGCGAGGGUUCCAGGCCGUGUGCAGGACCCAUUCAUGGUGCUGCUGCUGUUUUAUCAUGCCCACAGGGAGCAGAAGGGUUCACAGACCAGGCAGGGAAAAUAGGAGAGGGUCGGUGGCAAACUCGAACACUCCUACCCCUUUUGGAGCCAGAAACAGGGUGUACACUGAUGGUAACUUAAAGAACUGCAGUGCCAGCAUGGAUGAAGGGCAGAAGAGGGGCGGUUGUAGGCUCAGCAGCUCUGCCAGCAUGGACGAUCCCAGAUCUGAUAUGGUUAUUCAUACAAAAGGGGUUGCCAGCCAAAAAGGCCUGCAAAUGCAGGACCUGGAGAAGAUCAGUCCCAUUGGCAUGACUGUGAGUCAGGCCUGGGACCAGUAGAGACCAACAGUAAUUUAAAAUGUAUUAUAUUAUUUCUGUGAGCCUAAAACUACACAACUAUUUCCAGGAUUAAUACAGGGAUGCAGAUCAUGAGGGCCUAAGUGAGGACUAAUGAGAUCCAUCUCAU